UUUUUGCUCUCAAAGGAAGAUAAAGUGAUCUCCGAUACUUCAUCGGUCAGUCAGCGAGGCGACACAACCACCUCCCUCUCCUUUCCCUCAGUCGCUCUCUACACUCCAGCUCUUCACUACUGUAAUAUUUCCCUCCCUCAACCAUGGCUCCGACUCUGGCCACAGCAUUUGCCCGCCGCUGGUGGAUGGCGGUGACUGCCAUCGUUGAGAAUCUCCUCUUUUCUGCUGUACUUCUGGGAUGGGGAUCGCUCCUCAUUAUGCUCAAAUCAGAAGGCUUCUACUCGUACCUGUGCAGCGAUGAGGGUAACAGCUCCAGCUACAACCUGUCCCUGUCGACAACCGACGCACCCGACGAGUAUGUCGACUAUUAUGACGGGAGCGACGGGGCGGUGGUGGCCCUGGGGGACGGGGUGGAGAUGAAGCCCCUGGCCCCCACUGACGGGCAACUGAGGAUGAAUGGCUGGCUAAUCUGUAAAGAGCAGGAUGAAAUGUUGAACCUGGCCUUCACUGUGGGCUCCUUCCUCCUGUCAGCCAUCACGCUACCACUGGGAAUCGUCAUGGACAAAUACGGGCCUCGCAAACUUCGACUUUUGGGCAGCACAUGCUUUGGCUUGUCCUGUUUGCUCAUUGCAUACGGAGCCUACCAACCAAAUGAACUCUCUGUCCUUAUCUUUAUUGCCCUGACUUUCAAUGGCUUUGGGGGCAUGUGUAUGACCUUCACCUCCCUGACAUUGCCCAAUAUGUUCGGGGACCUGCGUUCCACCUUCAUCGCCCUGAUGAUUGGCUCCUAUGCAUCCUCUGCUGUUACCUUCCCUGGUGUAAAGGUGAUCUAUGACUUUGGAGUGCCCUUCAUCACUAUUCUGGUGGUAUGGGCUGCCUGUGCUGGACUGGUCUUCCUCAACUGCUUCUUCAACUGGCCAUUAGAACCCUUCCCAGGACCCGAGGACAUGGAUUAUACGGUCAAGAUCAAGUUCAGCUGGCUGGGCUUUGACCACAAAAUCACAGGCAAACAGUUCUACCGUCAAGUGACCACAGUGGGCCGUCGUCUCAGCGUGGGCAACAGCCUGACGCAGAAAGAUCUGCCCAUCAAGGAGGGCCACAAGCUAUGUCUCUCCACCAUGGACCUGGAGUUGGAGGGCAAGGCCAAGGAGGAGUCCCAGUCAUUCCUGAAAAGUAUCAUCAGCCCCAUCUUCCUGCUCAGUCUGGUGACAAUGUCGGUCACUCAGCUGCGCCUUUUGUUCUACAUGGGGGCCAUGAACAGCGUCCUCGAGGCGCUCAGCGAUUCCGACCUCAACACAGUGGAAAGAAUAGAAGUUGUGAGUUUGUACUCCUCCAUCUUUGGCGUGCUGCAGCUACUCUGCCUUAUGACCACUCCUGUGAUUGGUCAAAUUAUGGACUGGAAGUUGAAGGACUGCGAUGAUGGGGAGGAAUCGAAGGACGCCUGCAGCAAGGACAAGCCAAAAACAAAGCUAAGAGACAGAAAGACUCAGAAAGUGACCAACGCCCUGAGAGCAUUUGUGCUAACAAAUCUACUUCUGGUGGGCUUUGGGAUCACUUGCCUGAUACCUAACCUUCCUCUGCAGAUUGUUUCAUUCAUUUUGCACACGGUGGUGAGAGGAUUCAUUCACUCAGCUGUUGGUGGCCUUUACGCUGCUGUGUACCCUUCCUCACAGUUUGGCAGUCUAACAGGCAUGCAGUCACUAGUCAGUGCUGUCUUUGCUCUGCUGCAGCAGCCACUCUUUUUGGCUAUGAUGGGACCCCUGGGGGGUGACCCAUUCUGGGUCAACAUCGGCUUGCUCGCUGUCAGCAUGCUGGGCUUCCUGCUGCCGCUGUAUCUCGUUUGCUACAGACGGACACUCCACCAAGAACGCCAUGAGAAGGAGAACAACGCCAAGAUCUACAUCAAAAUCAAUGGAUCCGACAUCCCAGAGGCCUUUGUUUAAUUGACAGAGGCGUCAAGGCAAAGACAACACGAAGGACGGAUGAUUCCUGAUGACCAACAACUGAACAGUGCCAUGCGGACACCAGCCUGCAAAAGGACGAAUCCUCUUUAGAUACUAUAUUUAUAAGUGUUGGGAAAAUGUACAUACAUUUAUGCUUUUUAUACAAUAUUAUCCAAAUUGCUGUGUUGAAUAAAAUGUGUGUGUGUGCAGCAGUAAAGUAUCAAGGCCAGACGUCUCGCUGCAGGAUGUGUGAAUCAGUUGUUUUGCAGAGUGGAGACAGGACGCCCUGUCUCUGGUUGAUAGUGUGAGCAGAAGAAUCAGUUUCAACCGGCGCCAAGAAUGUUCCCUCCCUUUAGCGGUUGAAACUGCAUGUAACUAGGGCAUACCCAAAGCAAAAUAAAAAGGCAACGAGACAGAGGCUGACUCAGAGUGGGUUGGAGGAUUGUAACUGAGCAGUCUCUGAUCACUCUCCUUGCAAGUAAAACUAUA